AUGGUGGACGUCACGUCGGAGACCUGCGCAGUUACUCUGGUGUCCGGCUGGAUAGCCCGAUUCGGCUGUCCUACACUGGUGACUACAGACCGUGGUCGCCAAUUCGGGAGCCAUCUCUACAAAGCUCUCACAAAGUUGGUUGGUGCGCGUCACUUACGCACAACCGCCUAUCACCCAGCUGCGAAUGGUAUCAUCGAACGACUUCAUCGCCAACUCAAGGCGGCGAUCAUGUGCCACACAUCAUCACAGUGGACGGAAGCCCUUCCACUGGUUCUCUUGGGCAUGCGCAACUCAUGGAAAGAGGAUCUCCAAACUACUCCUGCUGAAUUGGUAUAUAGUCAAACUCUCAGCUUACCAGGCCAAUACCUAUCUCCAAUAGACGACUACACCACGGCAAACGUCAAAGAGUACUUAACACGUCUACGAUCCUGCAUGGCUGAACUCACUCCCAAAUAG